CCAUCGGGAAUUGUGUGGAUAUCGUUUCGUAGUCAGUGUCUAUCUAGUGGUGAUUGAGCAAGUGCGUUAUAAGAGAAGACGUUCCACCUUUGCACUUCCUCGGAGGAUCAGUGGAUGACUGAAUAGGAAGAUUUGGUCGUCCAGUAUUUUUGGUCGGAUAAAGACUCCGAGGGAUUCGUUGUUUACGAAAGUUGGAAAGGUGUAUCAUGCGGGUAAAGAAAUCACCCAAACGCACGGUGAGAAUAAUGAAUACCAAACAAAUCGAUAAUGAUGUCAUGAGCGAUUCUGUGAAAGAGAGCUCAACGUUCUGGGAGAAUUUGUCGAAACCUUGUCAAGGAAAUUCACAAAUUAAUGAGAGACAAUACAGCGGAAUGUGGGACGUCCUUGAUUUGACGAUAAAAGGAUCAUCGUCACACUGUUACCAGUGCUGGGGAGACACUGAGAUUUGUUUACCAUUGGAUUACACCGCCGCUACAUUAUCGCUUACCGAGCCCAUUGAUCUAUCCACAAAGACCCGUGGCCUGGGUCCUCACAAUUGCCCCCCACCAUCACCUACAAGGCAAACGAAAGAAUUCAAGGAUACAUUUCUGUACAAAAUGCUCACCGAUCCAGUGUUCGCGGAAAAUUUAAAAGUUACGAAAAAUUCCGUUACUUACUCGUGUCCAUUCUGUAAGAAGCAAUUCCCUGAUGAGAGCAGUCUCGCACUGCACCAAAAGCCAAUGGUUAAUGAAGCGAAUAAGAUAGCUUGCUGUGCAUGCGAUAAAACUUUCACGCAAAAACGUUAUUUACGUUAUCAUCAGAGAUCACACUCAGAGAGAACUAAAUAUACCUGUGACAUUUGCACGAAAAAGUACUCAAGACAGGAUAAUUUAACUCGCCACAACACUUUUCACACGAACCCAGACAAAUUCCCAUGCAAUUACUGCGACCGUACGUUCAGCAGGAAGGAUUUAUUGAAUAAACACAUUAAGGGUCAUGAGAAUCGAUUCAGUUAUCAUUGUGGAGUUUGCGAUAAGUACUUUAAAGGGCCACUGUCACUUGAUAAUCAUCAGAGACAUUAUCAUAAGAAUAUUGCGUCGACUAAAAAUUAGUCAUUGUUCAAAAAUAUUUUUGAUAAAUAUUUAGAGCGUUCGUAGCACUUCCCAUUGAAAAUUGAGUGUGUAUUUUUUUGUUAUCUUGUUGAUGAAAGAUUUAUUGAAAUAUGAUUCGAGUAAAGAUUCAUUAUUCUAACCGAUCAGUUGUCGGAAAUAUUGUAGAAUACAAUAAUUUCGUGGACUAAACGGUAUAAAUGAAGGAAAAUGAUAGAGAAAAAUUGGGCAAUAAAUAUGAAAAAGAAAAAUAGAAAAAUAGUGUAGUUGUAGAGUUUAAUGGAGAGCAAUAUAAUUCAACGGUUAAAAACGAUGAUAUGUUCAUUGAGAAAAAUGGAAAAAAUUUACUCACCAUAAAGUGGAAAA